GUUACUUCCCUUAGACAACAAUGGCAACACUCUUAUAGGCACACAUAUAUGUGUUUUUACAACUUGUUCACAAAGGAGGAAAAAUCAAUUGUCACGUAACGGCAUUCAUCGUUUGAUAACUACGACUCAAUUCAGAAGCUAACACGUUGCAUUUGCGUGUAAUUCUGUUCUUGUGUGACAGGGAUACUCGAGGUGUAAUGUGUCGGUCAGACGAGAAGAUCUAAAGUACAUCACCUAUAUAAAAUUAGGAUGCCAAGAUCAUUGACUGCAUCUGUUGUUGUUGCGGGACUGCUGGUGGUUGUAGGGGGGCAGACUAGAAGUUUCACCAUUGACUAUUCGGAAGACACAUUUGUAAAAGAUGGGGAAUCCUUUCGUUACAUCUCCGGUAGCAUCCAUUAUACUCGUGUUCCGAGAGUGCACUGGAAGGACAGGUUGAUGAAGAUCUAUGCUGCCGGACUCAACACCAUUCAAACCUAUGUGCCAUGGAAUCUCCACCAGCGCCAACCGUUCCAGUCGGAUUUCUCCGGGAAUCUGGACUUUGUGUCCUUUGUGAAACUAGCUCAAGAUGUCGGCUUACUGGUCAUUCUGCGUCCAGGCCCCUACACCGAUGCAGGCUGGGACUUUGGCGGGCUGCCAGCCUGGUUGAUGGAGAGUCAGUACGUCAACAGGAAUAUUGUGCUGCGCAGCAACAACACAGAUUACAUAGCGGCUGUGGUGAGGUGGUUUGACGACCUACUGCCCCGAGUCCGCCCCCUGCUCUACAAUAACGGAGGGCCGAUCAUCUCCGUGCAGGUUGAGAAUGAGUAUGGGUCGUACUUCGCCUGCGAUCACGACUACCUCCGGACACUCCGUGACAUAAUGCGGUCACACCUGGGUGAUGACAUCGUCCUCUUCACAACAGAUGGCCCUGGUGCAAGCUUCCUCCGAUGCGGGACACUGGAAGGACUGUACGCUACCAUUGACUUUGGGCUGACAGACUCCCCCGAGAAAAUGUUUGCUGCCCAGCGUCAGUUCCAACCUCACGGGCCUCUGGUGUGUUCUGAGUUCUAUGUGGAGUCCCCCCUAGACUAUUGGGGAUACAACCACUCCAGGCAGUCGCCCCAGCAGGCAGCGGAAAGUCUGGAUCUCUUGCUGGCAUAUGGCGCCAAUAUCAACAUGUAUAUGUUUGAAGGAGGAACCAACUUUGGGUAUUCAAGUGGAAGUUUAUCAGGAAAGGGGAGCAAGGUGAAAGUUGCCACGACGACGUACGACCACGGGGCUCCCAUGUCGGAGGCAGGAGAUCUGGGGGAGAAGUACCACGCGAUACGCAAAGUUGUGUAUAAAUAUGUGAAGCGGCCAGUUGAACCAGUCCCGCCUGACACGGUGAAGUUUGCGUACGGUCAAGUGAGGCUGAAGUUGGUCGGUGAUAUCCUGGAUGUCCUGCCCUCUGUGACCCUGCGACCUGUCAAGUCUGUCUACCCGCUCUGUAUGGAGGAUAUACAUCAGUACUAUGGUUUCACCCUGUACCGCCAUGUCUCGGAGAAGUCCUAUGUCAGCCAAGAAUUGUGGGUUGACGGUGUUCGCGACAGAGGUUACGUCAUCAUCAACAAGGUGAUGCAGGGCAUCCUUGUCAGAGGGGAGACAACCCAUCUCAACAUCAUUCUUCAUAAGGGAGACAACCUUGACAUCCUUGUUGAAAAUCAAGGCAGAAUUUUCUAUGGCAAUGACAUCAAUAAGAAUCAGAAGGGUAUAGUUGGGAAUGUGACUUUGGGAGAGGUAGUGCUCCAACACUGGACGAUGUUCCCGCUCAGUCUGGCCAAUAGUUCUGCCCAUAUCAGAAGCUCAAAACCAAGAUUGCAGGCUGGCAGCGACACCAACAGGACACCUCUGACACCAUCCCUGUACAUGGGCACGUUCACGCUGCCGAGCACACUGUCUCAGCCUCUCGACACCUAUGUCGACAUGAGACCCUGGCACAAGGGACAGCUGUUCAUCAAUGGCAACAACGUGGGUGGCUACUGGCCGACCCUGGGCCCCCAGGUGACUCUAUAUGUCCCCCUGUCCUUCCUCAAGCCCCAUCCUGCUUCCAACACAGUCCUCGCCCUCGAGCUGGAGUCCGCCCCCUGUCCUCACGCCUGCAGCAUUCACUUUGUUGAUCAACCAUUCAUCAACAAGACUGUAAACACCUUUAAUUGAUCAACCAUUCAUCAGCAAGACUGUAAACACCCUUAAUUGAUCAACCAUUAAUCAACAAGACUGUAACUUCCUUCAAUCAACCAUUCAUCAGCAAGACUGUAAACACCUUUAAUCAACCAUUUAUCAACAAGACUGUAAACACCUUUAAUUGAUCAACCAUUCAUCAACAAGACUGUAAGCACCUUUAAUUGAUCAACCAUUAAUCAACAAGACUGUAAACACCUUUAAUCAACCAUUCAUCAACAAGACUGUAAACACCUUUAAUCAACCAUUCAUCAACACGGCUGUAAACACGUUUAAUUGAUCAACCAUUCAUCAACAAGACUGUAAACACCUUUAAUUGAUCAACCAUUCAUCAACAAGACUGUAAGCACCUUUAAUUGAUCAACCAUUAAUCAACAAGACUGUAACUUCCUUCAAUCAACCAUUCAUCAGCAAGACUGUAAACACCUUUAAUCAACCAUUUAUCAACAAGACUGUAAACACCUUUAAUUGAUCAACCAUUCAUCAACAAGACUGUAAGCACCUUUAAUUGAUCAACCAUUCAUCAACAAGACUGUAAACACCUUUAAUCAACCAUUCAUCAACAAGACUGUAAACACCUUUAAUCAACCAUUCAUCAACACGGCUGUAAACACGUUUAAUUGAUCAACCAUUCAUCAACAAGACUGUAAACACCUUUAAUUGAUCAACCAUUCAUCAACAAGACUGUAAGCACCUUUAAUUGAUCAACCAUUCAUCAACAAGACUGUAAACACCUUUAAUCAACCAUUCAUCAACAAGACUGUAAACACCUUUAAUUGAUCAACCAUUCAUCAACAAGACUGUAAGCACCUUUAAUUGAUCAACCAUUCAUCAACAAGACUGUAAACACCUUUAAUCAACCAUUCAUCAACAAGACUGUAAACACCUUUAAUCAACCAUUCAUCAACAAGACUGUAAACACCUUUAAUCAACGAUUCAUAAACAAGACUGUACACACUUUUAAUCAACCAUUCAUCAACAAGACUGUAAACACCUUUAAUUGAUCAACCAUUAAUCAGCAAGACUGUAAAUCCUUUUCCCUUGAUCAACCAUUAAUCAGCAAGACUGUAAAUGUGUUUGCUUGAUCAACCAUUGAAUGGAAUAAUUCAAAACAACAAAAUGAAAUACCAGUCUGCAAAUACUGUAGCCGAAAGCCCAAAUCUAGUAAAAUUAUGUUCUGACUUGUAAGAUCAGCUAAUAAUGGUGUAUCAGAGACCAACAGAGUUAAGGCAGAUAAACCAUUCAUCGCCAUGACUGUAACUCCCUGAUUUAGAUGGGUUCAUGAAUAGAGCUACAGUGAAGUACUUUAUAACAAACAUGCUUAUAACAAACUGACGGAUAUAAUGAACAUACUUUUUGGUCGGAGCCAUUUGCUGUAUGUAUGCUGUAUACCGGUAUAUGCUUAUUAUGAACUACGGUUAUAUUGAACUAAAAUCAGUGGUCCCUUUUAGUUCGUUAUAACCGUAGUUUACUGUAUAUUUGUACUCAUUUCCAUGAUGAAUGGCAACAGAACAGCCUAGCCUAAAAGUGUACUAUAUUCAGAACAACUAUAUACCCUGCGGUUUUAUUUGUGCAAUACAGAGAUUUUAUGUA